AUGUCGCGGACGGCGCCAUCUCGGGCGCAUGAUCCGGUUUAUGAUCCAGUGUAUACAGUCUCGACCUCAGGUGGCUCCUUUCGCAAAGGCGUGUACCGAGCAACUUCAAAUUUACCAAGUACAAGUAGCAUAAGCAAUAACCAGAAUGCUACAGAGGGAAGUCAACUCGUCAGCGGUACUCAGCGCGUAAAAUUUUAUCGAUGUCCAGUGUUGCCGCACCUGCAAGCCGAACCACCAGAAGUAUUACUAGCACCUGUGUAUUCUGUUCCCAUUCCACCACUCAAAGCUCGCGAUGCUCAAUUUACGGGAGAAGUUGUCGAAGAAAGCACGCGAUCUGUAGGGAUUCAAACACUCUUUCGUGAUUCUGAAGCUCAAACUGACCCGUACACGCCAGAGUUAAUUCCGAAAAUCGACACAAGUCUAACACCUGAGAUUGCAACGCUUGCUGGAUUAAAUUAUGCCCACGGCCAACUACCUAUAGGGCAAAAAGAGCUCAAUCUUAUUGAACGUAAUCGAAAGAAACGUGCAUUUGAGUCGUCGUUACCCCCCAUGACCGACGAAGCAAAUUUUCUUUUACGUAAAACCAUGCUUGAAGCUCGGGAAAAUCGUGAAUGGGCAUACCGCGAAGCAGAAAUCGACGCGAUUCAAGCUCAACGAGUAGCUCUGCUGGAACAAGCACUUCAAGAGCGCGAAAAGGAAAAUGCAUUUUUGUCCGAACAGCGACUUGAAGCACUUCGUCAGCGGCUGCUUCACGAGAAUGAAAAUGCGCUUGAAUCUAUGCAACAGAAGCGUGUAACAGCACUUCGAAAACUUACAAAGAAGAGAGUUCAACGACAACAUGACCGCGGAUUUGGGGCAUCAAAGCCUGAACCAGGCCGAGAUAUUAUUACUGAGUAUGCAAACUUUGGAUCGCAAGUUUAUGCUCCCGUCUUACGUGACGGUAAGGUUGGUCGGAUCGACGUUAAUGAACACGGUCUCGAAAAAACUUAUUGUUUGGAUAUUCAGGCUGUGCUUGACCUUGAGCAUGCAUUACCGAAGCGAAUGCUAGUACCUGCUUUGAGCAAGUUUAAGCUUCGUGAAAAGACUGGUCGGACUGCUAAGGAUAGGAAACAAGCAGCUAUUGAGACCCACCUCGUCAGAAUGGAAACACUCAUAAACAAGAGCAAGGAAGUGGUCAGCAAUGCAAAUUCUGGCCAAUCUCGCCCAAAAUUUGUCAGUUCACGUUCACGCCAAAAACAGCAGCCAGUAGUACGCCCUUCUACACCCGAGUAUGCGAUUGUCCGUGCUCAUGAUACUGAGGAGUGUGAUCUCGAAGAUGCAGUACGCUUACUACAGAAACUCUUACGUGGUCGCGCUGUGCAAAACAUGAUGUUUGAAGGUAAAGAGAGACGUGCGGAGCUGAUUGCAGAGCUACGAGCAGCCGACGAACAUCUUGCACAGCAAAGUCGUGAAGCAAUAGUUCUAGAGCAAAAUCGUGGUCCAGACGUCAUGAAUCGCGUGGCCAUUGCAGCUAAAAACUGCUUGGAAGGUGAAGUAGUGUCAGAAACGCUCGAUUUUUUGGCAAAAGAGCUGGCUCGAUCUCGUGAAGUGGCAAAAUUGCGUGGUUUUGUAAGCAAAGCAUCAGAAGAACGGCGUGUCCGUGAGGUUGAAGAAGGUGGACGCCGGCAAGCUGAAGAGAUGAUGCGAGAGCGGGAGGAUGAGGUGUUUCGACGAGUGAUGCAGGUACAUGUGGAAACAUCUCGCGACUUUAUUGAUGAUGUGCUUGAAGAGGUUGCUAUUGAGCAGUCUCAUUCCCAAGCACUGCAAGAUCUCCACACUCGCAGUGCUGGCGUGGAUAGACUUGUUCAGCAGGUGGAAAAUGAAAUGGACAAUGAUGAGAACAUUGUGCGCGAACUUGUUGCGAACUUCUUGCUGCCACAUGUGCAGCGACAGCAUGAACGUUGCAAAGAAGCUAAAAAUGAGAAGAAAUAUAUGAAAGCAGCACAAGAACUUCUGAAUGAGAUGGCAGUAAGAAUGAACCAAUUACGGCAUCAAGCCAAAUGA